AAUAUUAUAUACAAACGUUGAGCGGUAAAAAUGAUAAAUUUACCGACAGUUGAUAGUUGAUGUUCCUACUGCAUGGCAGCACGCCAAUCGUUUUCCAUUUAGUCCAUGGCUUGUCUAGUGAAAAAUAAAUAAAUAAAUAAAUUGCUAGCUGCGUCGAACAAAGCUCUCACGUUGAGCGUUCUUUCCACUUUCCAGUUCUUUCGCUGCGGCCUUCUUUGAAAUUGAGACUAAGAUUCCUGUCUUUAGAAGUUUAGUCUUUUUUCCUGUAUUUUACGCCAUUUUACCUUUUUGAAGUUGAGUCUAGUGUCUGCUUUGGUCAGCUGCUUUAUUGGCAUAUUGUCUUUUUGAGAGUUAAUGAGUCUUCAAGUCAACAUGUUGGGCUUAGUACGUCAGCCAUUACUAAAAUCUGUUAAAAUUGCACAAUUUGGUGUUAAAAAAUUUGCUCAACCGAUCCCAAGAGUACUCAAAAAAUCAUUUAGCGAACAUGGAUCAUUUCAAGGAUGGUUUGAUGAUGAUGGCAAAGAAAAAUCUUCUGGUAGAGUUGCUCGAUUGGUAAACUGCGUUGAGCUGAAACCAGUAAACAAGUCACAUUACUGCUGGGGGGAUGCCUUGAGGGCCAGAAACAUGUCGGUUGACGAAGGUCCAAAAUACGAAGUUCUUGAAGAACAUAACGUUCAUUAUACCGAAAAGACACCUUCAUUUACUGAUAAAUGUAUUUUUUACCAAAAAUCAAUAUUGGCUGUACUCAUUAUUGGGGUCAUAUUACUUGAAAUGUAUGUAAAAUUCGGUGCUGACUCAGUCGCAGUAGCAAUACAUAAAGAAUUUCGAACCCAACUACUUGAUAUUGUUGAAGGUUACUUGAGAAAAUAAUUAUAUCAACAACUGCUUCUCUUGGAUUGGAGGUCGAUCCAUUCCAGUUUGAGCCUGAAGCAAGAUAAAUGUUGGCUG